AGUAUCUAGCUAGGCAAGGCUGCUAGCAUAAGCAAAUUAAAAACUAACAGAAGCAACGAUAGUGUUGUGAUCUCAAUUUCAAUUCAAGCUACUAUGGCUUCUUCUUCAUCAUCAUCAUCGCGUUCUCAUUCGAAGUAUGCUGUCUUCUUGAGCUUUAUGGGCGAGACGCGGAGAUCAUUCAGCGAUCAUCUCUACACAAGCUUAUGGGAAGCUGGGGUUGCAACCUUUCGAGAUGAAGAAGAGAUCCGGAAAGGCAACGAAAUUUCUGAUGAGUUGAAGCAGGCCAUUAUUGAGGGGUCUGAGAUAUCCAUUGUUGUAUUCUCCAAAAAUUAUGCCCAAUCCAGAGGGUGCCUUGACGAACUGGUGAAAAUGGUGGAGUGUAAACAGAAAUUGGGACAAAAGAUUCUUCCCAUAUUCUAUCAUGUUACUCCUUCAGAGGUUCGCAAACAGACAGGCGAAUUUGGUAUCGCACUGAAUCAACAUAUAGAGCAAUUUGGAGAAGAAACAGUUAAUGGGUGGAAAGCUGCACUAACUACCGUUGCUGAUUUGUCUGAAUGGGAUUUAGAAAUCACGAAAGACGGGUAUGAGUCAGGGUUCAUCAAAAGAAUUACUGAAUUUGUACUAAGGGAAUUGAACCAUACAUCCAUGAAUGUUGCAAAGUAUCCGGUCGGAAUUGAUUCUCGUGUAAAAGAUAUAGAGAAUUUAUUGCAAAGUCAAAUAAAUGAUGGUGUGAAGAUGAUUGGAAUUUUUGGCAUGGGUGGUGUUGGGAAAACAACCCUUGCUAAAGCUAUAUACAACAGGAAUUUUCUAAGGUUUGAAAGUAGUUGUUUUAUUGCAAACAUUAGAUCGGAAGUUUCUGGGGAACGACAUGAUGAUUUAGCUCGUUUACAAGAGAAACUUGUUUGCUCAAGAGAAAAAUACAUGAAAUAGACCAUGCUGAUAAAGGAAUACCUUUAAUUAAAAGAAUACUGCCAUCAAAAAAGGUUCUUAUUGUUCUUGAUGACAUAGACCACAGAAAUCAACUAAACUCAUUAGCAUGACAACGAGAUUGGUUUGGUUCAGGCAGCAUAAUUAUCAUAACAACUAGAGAUGUUCAUUUGUUGAGUAACCUUAAAGCACACGAAAAGUACGAGGUCAACAUGUUAAGCUUUGACGAAUCUUUACAACUCUUGAGUUGGCAUGCUUUUGGUGUCCCUGUACCAUUAGAGGAGUAUAGUGAACUAUCCAAAAUGAUAGCAAGUUAUACUAAAGGGCUUCCAUUAGCCCUUGAAGUCACAGGAUCUCAUUUGCAGGGAAAAUCAGUGCAAGAAUGGAGGGACGAUGCUGAGAAAUUAAAAAAAAUACCUCUUGUUGAAGUUCAAUAAAUUCUUAAAAAUAAGUUAUGAUGCACUAGACGAUGAUAUUCUGUA